GCGUGUACAUUUGCUACGUAAGCCAAUGUCGAGAUUAGCUAUCAUAAUGUCACGUGUCUUGGUCUCUCGACUUCAUUUUUGUUUUAUCACGUGAAAAGGAUGAAAAAAACCAACUUCGCCAUCAAUUUUUAUUAAACAAGUAAACAGGCUAUCAGCUUAAUAUUGUGAGAUCAUGUAAGGAAUCUUGCAAUAUUGAGUCCCCUAAAUUAAAUUAAAAAGUAUUCAAAGAUCAGUAUUCAAGAACAAUGAAUGCUGCAAUUGCAUUGUGUACCUUUUGUGAAAUACAUGGACCCAAAGUGAUAUUUACUACACAAACAUACCGCAGUUAUGAUAUACAGCAUAUAGAGAAAUUAAAAUUUUAUGGACCCAAAGAAGCAUUGAGGCAAUAUCAUGUAUCUUUGGAAGAUGAGCAAGAUGAGUGUGAAGGUUGUCAAAGCAUUGGGAAUAUUAAAUAUUUAAGUAAUGAUCAUGAUGCAAGGACAUCUUUCUUAUCUGCUCAACAAUCAUUAAUGCAAGACAUUGGGAACUUAUUAAAACAUGCAUGUAUUAGGAGUUUAAGCUGCGAGGUACAUCCUGGUAAGGAAGGUGUUUGCUACUUUGGAGAUGAAUACAGGGGGCAUGUUUUAAGUCAUACUUUUACAUUGAAAGAUGCCCAGGCGAGAGGUUUCAGGAGAUGGUGUAGUUUUAUUGUCUUCAUGAGAGACAAGCAAUUCUUGUUGAAUAUGUGGCCAUUUUUAAUAGAUAAUUUAAAGGAGGUAAUCAAGGAGUUACAAGAUUUUGCAGAAAAGAGAUAUAAUGCAGAAGAAGCAGAAUGUCCACAACGGGCAAUGAGAUUGACCACAGCAAACAAUGGAGCGAGUUGUCACAGUGCUUCCAUUAAACAAUCCAGAACACUUACUGAUAUAACAAAUGAGAAACAUGUAUUUAUAAGAAUUCAUAUGUGGUUAGUAUGGAUACUCAGUUCUGGCGCAAGACAUUUCGUGGAAGUUUUCCCGAUGAGCUUGUUAGAUGACGAAAUUAAAUACAGUUUCGAAAAUCAAAUCGAAACUGAAGGAGGCUUCACUUUAGUGAAUGCAAAACUGCCGAUAAAUUUAAACUUAUAUUCGGACGAGUCGGAAUUCUCGUCGGAGUUCUCCGAGAUUACAGAGAAAUCUAUUGCCGUGAUUUUAAGAGAUCUUAAACGAGUACUUGGGAAAGAUCAGUUUAGACAGCUGCUAUAUUCCUGUCUAACUAGUGUUCAAAUUCUAGUGAGAGGUCCAAAGAUUCAGCGAUUGGAAUCCUUGUAUGGACUUAGCAGGCUUGUACCAAGAGCGUGUCGGAGAGUGAAAACGCAAACAUCUGAAUAUAUGAAUCCUGAUGCUUGCAACUUUAUUGGAGUGGAUACCUCAGUAGCGGUGCCUUUGCCCUGUGCAAAUGUAUGCAGAUUAGAUAUAAUACUCAAUGAGCAUCAGGUUGAUAAUACAAAUUCCCAUAUAGUCAAGUGGACGGGUGUGUUACCAGCAAAACUUCCAACAUUAUUGACAAAGAUCGAAAAAUCACUCGACAACGAGAAACUUGGAAACUCUGUUCUCAGGGCACAUUUUGCGACUCUUCAAGAGGAAUGGGCUAACAUUGCAAAAGUUGUUCACGCGAUGCAUGGACGAGGUCAUCGUGGCGAUCUCUCUGGUCUCAUGCUUAGUCUGGGUGCAGGACCUCAAGACAAAAAAUUAUUGGAUGCUUGGUCUAUGGGAUUACCAUCUAACCCAGCAUAGUUCGCACACAUUAAUUCGUUCUAUUGUAUAUGUGUAGUGUAUCAUUGGGUAACAUAAUAUUUAUUACAAAUCACAUAUGUUUUUGUUUAGGUUUAUUUAUCUUUGUCCAAGGAAUAUUUGUGUGUUCAAGGUUGUGUCCUUUUAAUUUAUGUAAUUUAGUUAAAAAAUAAAGGCAAGAUAUUUUAGCA